AUGGCCAGUCCACCAUGCACUGCUGGUUGGUGUUUUCUUUCUCCUCUCUGUCUUCAGAUAACCCGCUUGUGCCCAGCAAGCCAGCUAGACAAAGCCACCUUGAGGCGCAUCUUCGAGGCUGUUGGCCUGAACCUUCCUGCUCGUCUUUUGGUGACGGCCAUCAGAGGGAAUGAGACCUCCGGCCUGCCCCCACAGGAGCUCCUCUCGCUGGGUACGGCUCUGUUGGCUGCUCUGAGCACAGACCCAGACAUGGCCUGCCACCCCCAGCUCCUCACCACCAUCCCGGUCCUGCUGGGCCUUUUAUCAAAUGAUCCUCUGAACCAGCAGAAACAGGAAGCCCAGGAUCCAACGCAAGACUUGGAGACGGGUCCAGAUUCUAAAGUGCAAUCAGCAGAGAGUUCAAACGCUGAAGGUGAUCUUUCCAAUGAGGCCAAAUCAGGAGGAGAGGGGAAGACUACCAAGCCAAAAGGUGACGACGGCAGUGUAGCAAACAAAGUAUCAACAUCUCAAGAAGCCUUACCUUCCUCCAAGCUGGACGAGGCCAUAGCUGCUGACUGCUACCAGAUCCUCACAGCUGUGUGUGCUUUACCCAGAGGUCCCGACCAGCUGCUGAGCAGGGGGGGUGUUCCCGCUCUGUGCCAAGCAGUGCAACAAAACCAGACUUUCAGCCAUGAGAAGGGGCUUCCCUUGCUGGGAUGCCUUGUAGCAGGUAGAACCAAGGACAGAGUGUGGAGUAAGCACUCUGCAGAACUCCUCACUCUGCUGGUCAGGUUGUCUAAAGACUUCUGCCAGGCCAAAGACCAGACUAAGAUGGACAUGUGCGCCCAGUUGGUUCAGUUUCUCCCCCCAGCAGGAGUGGCAGUAGAGAGCAAGGAGUUGAAAGAAGUUGUGGCCUCUGUAUGGGAGGUGUUGAGACCCAUGUUGCAGGCUAGACUGACCCCAAGGCAGAUCGGGCCAAUCCUGGUCCUCAGCGCUUGUCUGCUGGAUUUGUACGGGUGGGAGUUUGUCGGGACGCCAAAGUUCUGCUGCCUACUGGUGAACCGAGCCUGUGUGGAGGUCAGGAUGGGCUUAGAGGAACCGCCCGGGAACGAACUGAGCUCGGAGCUGCAGCACACUCUCACAGGCUGUUACAGAAUCAUGGAGGCUGCCAUAGAGCAGGCCUGCUGUGUGGGGAUGUCCCAGACCGCUCCUCCUCAGAGCUCCAUCCCCUCCAUCAGUCUGCAGCAGAGCAGGCAGGUCCUCGGGGUGCUGGAGGAGGCCUUUGCCGCCCUCAUGUACCACCUGCAGCAGGUGAGAGGAGGACCGGUAGGUAGGUAGGUAGGUAGGUAGGUAGGUAGGUAGG